AUGCUCGAGGCUGCCUUCUGGACCAGCGCCCACCUACCCACACGACCAACAUCCAACUUCCACAACAGCACAAUAGCUACACAACAACGCCACGCCCGCUUUCCAGACAUCACAACAGCCAGCAUGUCGCCCUCCUACACCAUGUCCUCCCACCUCUGCAAGCAGAUUGCCUCCUCCUGGCGCCAAACCCGCCACGGCUCCCCCGACCCGACCUCCCCCACCCUCCAACCCGCCGCUGCCUACUUCCCCUCGCCCUCGCGCGAGAAGCGCAGCAUGGACAGCGACAGGAGCGACUCUCUCAUCAUGUCUCGCUCCUCGAGCGUCACCUCCUGGCGCAGCGCCGGCAAAUGA